AAAUAUUUUGAUUUAAACGUAAAAAUACCUUUUCCUCGUCGUGAAACACUACACUGUGUCCACCAAUUUUCACCAUACGCAGAGUGAAAUGAAUAUCAGUGAUUUUAGAAAAGUGAAAAUGGAGAAUACUUAUGUAGAAGUUUGUUCUAGUGGUUUCUGUCGUACAUUUCCUAGUCAAAAAUUCCAUCUGUGAAAAUGCGGAAUACGUGUGGAAUUAUAAAGUUUGCCUUUGGAGGCUGAAAAAUGUGCCAGAACCAUAUCUAAUUCGCUAAAAUUGUGGAUUACUUCACUGCGAGUAAGGAAAAUUCGUCUACAACUGCUGGCAGCUAAGUAAUGCAUGAAUGUUGAACGAGAAGAAAAGGAAACUUGGUGUCAAUAGCUCGCGGUAACGGCUGUAACUGUGGUAGUGAGUUGAAAAUUUUGGCUGAAACAAAGUUAUUUUUAAUACGAAAUGUACUGCAUUAGGAUAAUCUGUACAAUUACAACGCCGUUCCUAUGAUUGCCAAUGUAUACCAGGAAGCAUAAUAGUAGGAGUGUACUCUCAAAUUGGCAGUUUAACAAUACUUGUUUCCAUGACGAAGCAACAUCAUGUGCAGAGAAGCUAAGCAACGAGCGAAAUGGAUUUAGAAUAGCAUGCUAUGUUGAGCAACGGUGAAAUGUGAUACAAUCCGGAAUGAAUCGCAUUUGAUGUUAUUUAUGCGUUAUCCAAAUCAAUAAGUGAUUUAAUGUUUUUUUUCGCGUAGAUUCAUCGAAAUGGUAAUACAUGUGUGUACUGAGCUGUCCAUACCGAAGAGUUGAAAUAGUCCAAGUGAAUAGUCAAUAGUGAGUGAAGCAUCUAGAUUAUACGUUUACCAAUGAUUUAGAAAAGGCAUGCAAUAUUCUUCCCAUGAAGCUGCGAAAUCAUUACAAUUAUUAUCAUCGAAUGCGUUACAAGACCAGAGAAAGCAGAUUAAGUGUUACCGUUUGUGCGAAAAUAAAUAGUGAAAUCUGGUCUAUACGCAAAUAGAGAGGUGUUCAUUAAAGGAAAAGCAUGCAAAUAUGGCUAGUAGUGUUCCAGAACAAGGAAUAGUGAGCCCAGCUGGCUCUGACGGUCAUCAGAAAAUCAGCGGUGGUCGCUAUGACUUUGAGGAUGGCGGUACAUUUUGCGGUGGAUGGGAGGAUAAUAAGGCGCACGGUCAUGGUGUUUGUACGGGUCCAAAAAAUCAAGGUGCCUACUUUGGUGCUUGGCACUACGGUUUUGAAGUGUCGGGAAUAUACACGUGGCCUAGCGGAUCUUCAUACGAAGGACACUGGCAAAAUGGAAAAAGACAUGGCCUGGGUGUUGAAACUCGAGGCAGAUGGAUAUACAGAGGUGAAUGGACACAAGGCUUUAAAGGUAGAUAUGGCGUGAGGCAAAGUGUAUCGUCAACGGCAAGAUAUGAAGGUACAUGGGCCAAUGGUUUACAGGAUGGAUAUGGCUCAGAAACGUAUGCAGAUGGAGGAAGUUACCAGGGCCAAUGGUUACGUGGAAUGCGUCAUGGAUACGGUGUACGAACAUCGGCUCCAUUCGGAAUGGCUGCACGUUUUCGUACAAAAUCUAUACGAGCAUCUAUGACAUCGUUACGAAGUAAUGAAGGCGGCAAUAAUCAAGCACCUACUCCAGAUCCUGUGGAAAAGCGCAGUCAUAGGAUAGAUGACGCACGAGGAGGUUUCGUGCUAAAAGCAAAAUCAGAUGAACCACCAGCAAGACGAAAUAGUUUAGUGGAGAAAACCAAAAAGGGAUUAUUAUCGGGCCUUAAAAUAAGAAAGCAACGAAGUACAGGUGAUUUAGAGAAACGUGGGACUGGAUCCGGAAGCAUACGGUCAACUGCAUCGAUUGCAUCAUGGCUCAGCACAGAGUCUUCACAGUCAGGGAUGACAAACAAAUCAAUGCAUACAGAUUCCAAUGCUAGCUUUAUCGUGGAAGACGCAUUAGAUGGUAGUGUGGUUGAGACUUAUAUGGGUGAAUGGAAGAAUGACAAGCGAUGCGGUUAUGGUAUUUCUGAGCGCAGCGAUGGACUUAAGUACGAAGGUGAAUGGUUUGCUAAUAAAAAGUGGUAUGGCGUUACGACGUUUAAGGAUGGCACAAAGGAGGAAGGCAAAUAUAAAAAUAAUGUACUAAUAACUAGUCAGAAGAAGAAACAUUUGUUUCUGAUACGCUCUGCCAAAUUCAGAGAAAGAAUAGACGCUGCAGUUGAUUCUGCCCAACGUGCCUCGAAGUACGCAUUACAGAAGGCUGAUAUUGCCGUUUCAAGGACGGCGACAGCCCGUGGUAAGGCAGUGGCGGAUGUUGCUGCGGAUCAAGCGCGUGUGGACUCUGAUGUAGCUAUACAAAUGGCCAGAGAAUUUGCCCCAGAUUUUAAGCCACAGUUGUUAGAACGAUUUGAACGAUUAAGGCGAGAGCGGCAAGUUAGAUCACCACUUGAUUAUUCUAUUAAACAAACACCAGACAUGCCUCUCAAACCCACAAUCGCUGAUGGAGUAAUCAAACAAAACAUCUUCAACCAAGAAUCAGUCAGAUCCCCAACACAGCCGCCACCUCCAAUGUAUGAUCCCGAUGUGACAAAUCUAGCUUUUAAUAAAGGGUAUUCCAGUUCCCAGCAACCAGUUCCGACACAGAGGCCCAGUAAUAGAAAUUAUCACAAAAUUUCGAGCGUAGUCAACAAGGCUUCGGUACGAUAUCAAGUAUACCAAAUAAUGUACAGAGCCCAUAUUCGAAUGCAUCGCCGAGCAUGAAUAUUGGCAGUCCAGUCAAUAAUUUAAUGUUAAACCAGCAACAAUUAGAAUCAAAUUAUAUGGAUAGACAAAACUACCAACAGU